UACAAGAAUAGACUCUUCAAAAAGGUUCAAAGGUGAAAGCUCUAGCGGUUUUUAACCUCCGUGGGUUAAACGUUAGCCAGGCCAGGUUCCGAAGUUUGCUACGGAAAAACUGACGCGUCUUACGUGCGGAAAGAAGGCAACGGGUACUAAGGAGGUUGGGGGAUACUUAAGAACAACAGAAACAAAUUUUGAUAGGAGCAAAAUUAUCUCCUGGCUCCGGGGGUCACCUAAGGACAAUAAGCCUGUAUGUUAAAAUAUGAUGUCCUGAAUCGAACUAUCCUCAGCUUUACAGGAACUUUUCUUUGGAAAAUAGCGUAUGAAGACAGUUCCAGGUUGGAGUAACCAAGUGGGGGAUAGCUCUAGAUCAGAAGGGGUAGGAAACAUGAGGAGCUCGGCAACAAGCAAACCAAAGAUGGGGUCCCAUCCCUGCUGCAUCCUGCCCAUAGUGGUUGGAGUGGGCACCACCAUCAUGUUUUUUGUAUGCUAUGCUAUUGCAGUCUACAAUGAUCACACAGUAAAAAACUUUCCUUUUAUAAGUGACACGGGCGUGUAUCCCCCAGAGAGAGGCAUCUUCACUUUAUCAUUCAAUCUAUCUGCAUUUGGAGGUCUGGUGUUGAUGUACUUGAGGUAUUGUUAUAUCUCACAAUCUGACGGCCCUCGCAAACUCAACUUGUUCACGUUUGGCUGUGGCAUCCUUGUCUGCCUCGGUCUCAUGAUGGUCGGUGCUUUUCAGUGGUCAGACAUGUUAUAUCCCCACAUGGUGGGUGCCGUGAUGGCGUUUGCCCUGGGUAUUGUCUACAUCUGGCUGGAUACGAUCCUCAGCUACAAGCUGCAGCCGCUGUCUACCAGCGUGUGGGCCUUCAGGGCUCGACUUCUGGUGGCUACCCUGGCCACCGUCAGCGGAGGUGUCAUGUUUGUGUUUGGUGGCAUCAUCUUCUCAAGGGACGACUACCCGUACGCUGUUCGUCUGGCGGCGGUUGGCGGGGAGUGGGCGUUGGGAAUUGGCCUUCUCGUCUACAUCGUCACGCUGUGUGCGGAAAUCAGGAAAGUCCGGAGGAUAGCUGUCGUGAUGGACAUCUCAGGAAGGUUUGAUGUGUCCAACACUCACGAGUUGAGGGCUUCCAGAGUUAUCAUGAACCAUGAUAUUCCAGAGUAGUGUUAGUAUAGAAGUAAAAAUUAGCCUGGUAUCCACCCCUAUUGUAUACGUAGCUGCUGAGACUAUUUCAUCCUCUCUGAGUAGAAUGCGGAGUCCAGUGGUUAGGCCUAGGAAAAAAAUGUUGUGUUUCCUGUUUCCCUACCUACCCUAGAAAAACCUGCCGACCCUAUACAUUUUUUGUGGGGUGAGCAGUGAUGCCACAUACUUAGUUUCCAGUUAGAAUUUUUAUUUAGCCUGCUUCCUGUUGAAGUAAAAACACUGCUUGUGCUAUCUAAUAAAGGAUAAAUGUAUUUAAUAUGCACAAAAUGAAAGUUUGACAAAGGAGGUUAUAUAACCUCCUUGGUUUGACAUUGAAAGACAAGUGUCUUCAUGUAUUUCAGUUAACUUUGUUCAACUGUAUUGUA